AUGUUAUUCUUUGGAAAACGCCCAAACCUACACCAGUCUAGUGCGUCACCUGUUCAAACUUGUUUUAAUUUUGGUGGAUUAGUAAUAGUCAUUGCUUUGUGUGGUGGAUUAGCUGGACUCAUAUAUGGUAUUAUAAAACAAAGUUCCACGGCUCUGAUUGGUGGUGGUAUUGUUUUGGGCGUAUCAUUAGCUUUGACAGUGUUGCUGAUCCUAAUAUUUGUAUUUUGUAUUAAGAAAAAACAACCAACAGAUGAACAUUUAUCAUCAUCAUCAGGUGUUCAUCAUUCACGAUCGCAACAUCCACAUUCAAAUAUUUAUCCUCAACUACAGCAACACUUUAAUUCACAACCAUUAUGA